AUGCCCAGGACGCGCGCCCAAUUGCAAAAAGCACCAGAAAGGCCCCUCAAGCGCAAGAAGCAGGUUGAAGCUAUCUCUGACGAUGAUUCCGAGCCCAAUGAUCCGCCAAUCAAUCAAGGACAAGAAGAAGAGGAUGAGUUGGAUGAUUCUGGAUCCAAAACCGACGACCAAGACGAUAUCCAGGUGACCAGUCAACCGAAUGAAAAAGAAAACCCGAAAAACAACCAGCAAGAUUUGGAAUCACUUUAA